AUGCCUCGGCCGGGGAAGAGUUCGUACAGCGACCAGAAGCCGCCCUACUCGUACAUCUCGCUGACCGCCAUGGCCAUCCAACACUCGGCGGAGAAGAUGCUGCCUCUGAGCGACAUCUACAAGUUCAUCAUGGAGCGCUUCCCCUACUACCGCGAGCACACGCAGCGCUGGCAGAACAGCCUGCGCCACAACCUCUCCUUCAACGACUGCUUCAUCAAGAUCCCGCGGCGGCCCGACCAGCCCGGCAAGGGCAGUUUCUGGGCGCUGCACCCCGACUGCGGCGACAUGUUCGAGAACGGCAGCUUCCUGCGGCGCCGCAAGCGCUUCAAGGUGCUGCGCGCGGACCACACUCACCUGCACGCGGGAAGCACCAAGGGCGCGCCAGGCGCCGGGCCCGGAGGGCACCUGCACCCCCAUCACUCCCACCACCCGCACCAUCACCACCACCACCAUGCUGCCGCCCACCAUCACCACCACCACCACCCGCCCCCGCCGCCGCCGCCUCCGCCGCCGCCGCACAUGGUGCAUUAUUUCCACCAGCAGCCGCCCCCGGCUCCGCAGCCGCCGCCGCACCUCCCGUCGCAGCAGCCACAGCAGCCGUCCCAGCAGUCCCAGCCUCAGCAGCCGUCGCACCCCGGCAAGAUGCAGGAGGCCGCGGCCGUGGCGGCGGCGGCAGCGGCGGCGGCGGCGGCGGCCGUGGGGAGCGUGGGCCGCCUGUCGCAGUUCCCGCCCUACGGGCUGGGCUCGGCCGCCGCGGCCGCCGCCGCCGCCGCCGCGUCCACGUCGGGCUUCAAGCACCCGUUCGCCAUCGAGAACAUCAUUGGCCGGGACUACAAGGGCGUGCUGCAGGCCGGCGGGCUGCCAUUGGCCUCGGUCAUGCACCACCUGGGCUACCCUGUGCCAGGCCAGCUCGGCAACGUCGUCAGCUCCGUGUGGCCGCACGUCGGUGUCAUGGAUUCGGUGGCCGCGGCCGCCGCCGCCGCUGCAGCCGCGGGAGUGCCUGUAGGCCCGGAUUACGGGGCCUUCGGGGUGCCGGUCAAGGCCCUGUGCCACUCGGCUAGCCAGAGCCUGCCUGCGGUGCCGGUGCCUAUAAAGCCGACUCCCGCGCUGCCGCCCGUGGCUGCGCUGCCGCCCACGCUCACUGUCCCCGCGGCCGCCCAGCCAGCACCGGCACCGUCCACCGUGUGCCCCGCGGCCUCGGCCUCGGCCUCCGCCUCGCCCGCCGCCUCACUGCUGGAGCCCACCUCGGUGAGUGCGGCCGAGGGCAAGGGUGGCUCCCUGCACUCGGUGCUGGUGCACUCGUAAGGCACCCAGCGAGCUGAGAGAGACGAAAUGAAGACAGAGAGGAACCGCUGGUCCCCGACCGCGGGAGGGGGAGAGGGUGCCCUGGCCAGGCCCGGCUGAGCCCCAGCCUUGGCGGGAAAGAUAUUGAAACAAACGAACAAACCCGAAUGUGGUCUGAGUAAAUGUAACACUUCUGGUGUCAGUGUGUAUACUAUGUUGUACAAUCAGAUUCAUGAAAGCCAGUUUUCAGGUAAGAGUUUCUAUUGUAAUUAAUAUUAUAAAUCAAUAAGUUAUGGGGGGAGGGAAAUGAAGGCGUUUGGGGAAUCCUCCUUUAGCAGGUGAAUUGGAAAUGGAUUUCGAUUCUUAUUUCUGCGGGACCAGAAGCUGUGGGAUCUAAACAUCAAGGGGAGAAAUGCAACAGAGAGUGACGCUGAGACAGACCUCAGCCACCGAGUUGCUCUCCGCUGGUCUCCUGCAGGGCAGCUGCCGCUCUUGGCGCGUUUGAGACAAAACUGCUGUUCACGAAGGAUAUCUCGAUUUAUUUAAGAAGGAAGACAGGGGAGCGUUUGGUGCCGUUAUUUUCCUGGUCAGGGAAAUGGGCCAGGAGACGGUAUUAUGAAUAAAGCCGCUUUAGGGGGCAGUGGGAACACCAUGGAGGAUCUUGGGAAACAGUUACGUUUCUUGGCUCUGACCCGUGGGUCGAGAAGGGUAGGAGGAACAGCGAAAGCAAUUAGUUUGCACAAAAGAGAAUAGCAGCGGUUUACAGAGCAAAGCCCAGGAUUCCAAAAGUGAAGUUCGAGAAACACAACCAAAGAGACAAUAAAAGGCGACUUUCUACCUGCAAUUCGUUGGUGUAUCAAUCGGAUGAAAUCAUUAAGGAGCCCCCCCAAAUAAUGCGAAUUCUCACGAUCUGUUCCAUUGGGAUUUUAAAGAGAAAAAAAAAAUUACUUGCAUCGCGACGAGGUUUUGUCCCCUAACUCAGCAGUGCAAGGAAAACCUGCCUCAUCACCCAGCAGUUUUGCUCUUUCGGGCUUACAGGAGCGUUUCCUGGCGCUUGCGACCUGGUCACCUUUGCACGCUGCUGUCCUUGUGCGUGGGAACGAAACUUGGCUCGCCGCUGCUGCUCUUUCCCUCUUUUUGAGCCGCAGUAAUAGCACUUUACUUGCAACAAACUUUUGGGAACGAAGGGGGGCGGGUAGGGAGGAGGCAGCAGCUCUUUGCCUCUCAGUCACCUCUGGUUUGUGUCCACGCCGCG